AUGUCUACUGAACAAAUCCCACAAGGUGCUAACGUUGAAAUCAUUUCCAAAAAUGAAAAGAAAGCCAGAGAAUUGGUUAAAAAAUUAAACUUGAAACAAAUCAAAGGUAUCACCAGAGUUACUUUCAAACAAAGAGGUAACUUAAUUUAUGCCAUUGAUCAACCAGAUGUUUAUAGAUCCGCCGCUGGUACUUACGUUGUUUUCGGUGAAGCCAAGGUUGACGAUUUGAACAAGAGAAUUGCUGAAUCUCAAGCUGCUCAAGAACAAGCUGCUGCUGCCCAACAAGCUGCUUCUUCAAACAAAACUACUGAAGAUAAAUCACCAGAAGCAAUCACUGCUGAUUUAGAACAAGCUUCUUUACAACCAAAAGUUGAAGAAGCCGAAGAAGACGAUGGUGAAGUUGAUGAAUCUGGUUUAGAAGCUAAAGAUAUCGAUAUCAUUGUUGACCAAACCGGUACUUCUAGAGCCAAAGCCGUUAAAGCUUUAAGAAAACACGAUGGUGACAUGGUCAAUGCCAUUAUGGAAUUAUCUUAA